GUCUUGUUGACAAAAAGGAAACAUGGAGUACUAUGCCAAAUUUUCACUUGUGAAACUCAAGCUACUUUUGGUGCUUUUUCUCAUAAUUAUCCCAUUGAGUGCAUCCAAUGAAUUUGUUAAUAAUGUUUUAAAUAAUGAUCAGAUGCUUAUAGUGCUUAAUAAGCGAUUAGGAAAUCUGAACAAUUAUCAUUUGGAUGCAUCUAAUCACGAUAGCACCGGUAGUAAACAAACAUAUGGCAGUGCCAGUGUAAGUGAAAGUAUUGACAAAUCUAGUCAUUUAUCAAGAUCAUCUGGUGCUUUUAACUCUAACGACCAAGCUUUUUGUGAACGAAAACUACGGGAUGGUGUGAUCAUUAAAGCAACAGAAUCUAUUAAAGCUGGUGCAACAUACAUUGACUCUAUUAAAGACGUUGCUUCUAAAGAAAUUUGUAUUCAAUAUUGUUGCCAAAACACAACUUGCGAUGUUGCUGUCUACCAGGAUAAGGGUGACCGCUUCUGUUAUUUAUUUCAAUGUGAUGGCAAGUGUAUCUUCAAAGAGCAUGCUGGCUACUAUGUCAUUGACAUCUCACACAAGAAGCUGGAACAGAGUGAAGAGGAACUGCACAGCCUGAACAAUGACCUCCAGGACCUCAGCAGUAGUGCCUCUAAAGAAAAGACUUUCAAUGAUCAAAUCUCUAAGAAAGAGGAUGCUGUGAAAACAGCCGAGAACAAAUACCAGGAAGAGCCAAAACCUGAUGAAGUUAUCCCAGUGGCCAACUUUCCACCCACAGAACCUGUCAUUGCUCCGCAUUCAGUUGGCAUUAAAGGUUAUUGCACUCAGUCAAUGCAGUGUGAGGAUCCCAAUGCUGCUUGUAUUGAUCACAACUGCUACUGCAAAAUGGGAUACUAUAUCAAAGAUGGACUAUGCAGAAAAGUCUGCUCUGCUUCCAGUUUUGAAUGUUUUGAACUGGGUACAUUAAGCAGAGGGCCAGAGUGUAUUUCCAGAGAUCAAGUCUGUGACUCAUACAUGCAUUGUGCUGAUGGCUCAGAUGAAUUCAACUGUGAAAAUAUAGCUGCUAGUGCACAGGCCAGUGAUUUGAGCAAAUUGGGCAGCAAUGGCAAGAUGGCUAGUGGUGGGCAGGCUCAGCAGUCAUUGUCCAAACCAGCUGUGCAAGAACCAGCAAAGCUUGUAUCACAGGGAGACACUGGUCACACUUUUGGUUUGAAUUUGGGAAGUAAAGUGAACAUGCAACAGCAAGACAAGGGCACACAUCCAGAUCAGGUCAGCAGAUUAAAUAAUGGUGUCAAGUCUGUUGUAAAACCUGCACUGCCUCCAAGCAUGGAACAAACUAAUAAGAAUGAGAAUAUUAAAACUAACAAACAGCAUUUUGAUAAUUCUGACCCAGAUAGUAACCCUAUCUAUACUGAUAACUCAUUCACUAACACCAAUACUAACCUUGAGAAUGAAAAUUCUCCUACCUUCAAGAAUAACUUUAAACUUAUUGAAAAUGGUUUCUCUCAGCCUUCUGGUCCAGAAAAGUUGAAUGAACCAAUUAGACAUGUUCAUGUUCACACUAAAACAGAUUUAAACCAAAUGAAAGCUACUGUCAAUAGGUCUGUUGAUUUGUCAGACAAAAUUAUUGCUCAGCCUGCUGAGCAGGACUCUGGUCCAGGACAAUCCAGGACCCAGGACAUACAGGAGAACCAAGACAUGUCAAACACAGCAGAUGAUACAGCUCAUGCUGAUUCAUAUCAACGACAUGAUUUCAGGCCAGUAACAAAUCAUCAUCUUAAUAAUGAUAAUCUACUGGAGGGUCAAAAUGACAAUAAGCUUCAUGAUAAUCUUAGCAUUGGCAGACUCCAUGAAAGUAUGAAAAGCAAUAGACUUCAUCCUGUAGAUGAAGAUUCUGUUGGAGAUGAUGCAGGUAAUACUAUCUACAAUAAGCAUGUUGAUGAGCCUGAAACUAAAAAAGUUAUGUCCCCUGUUGUACAUAUUUCGGGAUCUAAGCCCUCUCAGGUGGUUAGUUCUGAGGAUGAUCAAUCUUCCCAGAAGCUAAAAUCCUCAUCACUUGUGGGUGCUGGUAAACCUUACUCAUCCUCAUCUCACAAAUCAUCGUCCAAGGUUCAUGGAUCUUCUGAACCUUCCUACACUUCUCAGAAAUGGUCAGACCCUGCUGGGCUCUACGUGCCCUAUGCCCUGCCAGACACCCCAGACCAACGUCAGCGUCAGCACUCUUCUUCAGGGCAGUACCUUGACAAUGUGCAGUACUACCCUCCAUAUUCUAGUGACACCCUAGACACACUGCCUAAUUCACUGUUGAGCAACCUAGGUUCCACUGAUGACUUGAGCCAGUAUGGGGGCUCCUAUCUAGAGCGUGACAAGCCACUUUCUAAUGUAUACCAGGGAAGUAAUCGCAACUCUGGCUACCUCAGUUUCUCAGAUACAGCAUAUGGUCCACAGUAUCCUGGCUCAAAUAGAUAUGACUAUAGUGGAGAAUACAGAUCCCCUACUUACCAUGAGUCUGAUUUCUAUCCUCCUGUAAACAGCCAGCGCCAGUAUAGACCUGUAGCAGGACUGUAUGAGGAUUUCCCACCAGGCCAGAGACUUCCCAAACCGAAUACUGUAGAGAAAUCAGAAGUUAAACCUGUUCAGGCAUUAUCCCAUGACACAGGCAGUGAAGGACAAAACAUUAAGCCUAUUGCUGGUCUGACCAGACAGCCCAACAUUUCUACUACUGUCAUUCCUAAAACUGCUUCCACAACCACUUUGCGUACCACUACAAGAGUCAAGCCCCAAUCUCAGGUGACCACAACAGGCAAGCCUUCACAUCCUCGCGCCAAUGAACGUGUCUUCCUUUCCAGUGAGAAAGUAAUUAUAGCCAGCUCAUCCAGUAAUGCAGAGGGCCCAAUAAUUGCUCUCUCCCUGGGGCUGGCAUUCACCAUUAUCCUUCUUGCUCUUGUUGUUUACAGGCUCCGCAGAAUGCGCCACAGAUUAAAGAAAGGCAGACCACUACAUCACAAUGAAGCAGACUAUUUAAUUAAUGGAAUGUACUUGUAGUCUUUGCCUAGAAAUUACAGGCUAGAACUUAGCAACAGUAUUUGAAUUAUUUUGGAUCAAAACAAAUUACAAAAUAUGUCAUGAACAUGAAUUUUAAUAAAUUAAGUACAUUAGAAUUCAUUCCUUUUAGAAAGAAAAAUAUUUUUCUAUAACCAAGUUGCUCUAAUUUAAAGAACAAAAUUCUUUUGUUCGUGAUUCCUGUCAAAUAAUUUAUUUUUGUACUGAAGAAACUGUUCAUCUUGUAUGAAAUUGUGUUGACUGAUCACAUCUGAUGUGAUCCACAGUUAUUACAAAUUGUUUUAAUUUUGUUUAUGCCUACACUAGUCAUUUUUAAGGUUGUAAAUGACAUUCAAAGAAUUGUUUAUUUCAUAUUUCUUUUUAUAUGUCUUGCAGAAUCAGUCUAUUGAACAGUUUUGAAUCUAUUGUAUAUUGUUUUUAUAUGGCAUUUGGUUAUGGCAGUAUGUCCUUUGUGUUCACUUCAAUUAAAAAAUGUUUAGUACAGUGGCUAAGAGAUGCUUAAUUGUGUACUAAUAAUUCACCUAAUCAUAGGGAGCUUGUAAGCUCCAACUUCAAGUCAUUUUUUUUCUCUAUUAAAACGAUUUGUGUUGCUUAUGAACCUCGCCCUGUUAAUUGCAGGAGCAAAAAAGUAAUUAAAAAAAAAAAAGAGACUGAUCUUGUUUCUUUGUGAAUGUUUGUACUAGUCACUUUUUUUUCCCUACAAUGAUACACACAAAAGUAUUUAAAAUAGUGGAACAUUUCCUGGCUGUGCAUUUUGAUGAUGUUGUUUUUUUUUUUUAAUAUAAAGAACAGAAUAAAAGAAUUAAAUCUUGAAUUUUACAACCAAAGAAGUUGAUCUUUUAGAAAAUUUGAGAAAAGAUUGUACCAGUUGUGAUGGUGCUAAAUUGUCUACAGGUUUAUAUUGCUGUUUUGUUCACUGUGAGCCUAUGAAGGUAUACAGGCACAUACUAAAGCAAGUUCUUUGAGAAUGCCCUUGUGAUCAUUGCAUACUAACUUCACUUUUUAACACAAAGUUCUUAUUUUUGGUUAUAUUGUGUGGUCAUUUUUUUUUGUCUGUUAAUAAAAAAUAAACGCUAGAAGAAAAUUGGGCCUUCACUUGUACCUGGUAGUCAUCCCUUAAAAUUAUUUUUUGUUUCUGCCAGCACAAAGGUCCACUGGUUAUUACUCUCUCUAUGGAAGUUAUUGUUCAAUGUUUAGCUUUGUAUAUAUGCGCUGUGUACGGUGUAUGUUUUUGUUCAUUGUAUUCAUUACUUCUUUAGCUUUGUAAUUGUGACAAUCUCAAGGAGUUGUGGCGACUUAUUUAUUGAUGAAAAAAUUUGGUGUUGACUAAUAAUAUUGUACACAAGUAUAUGAUUUAUAUUUUUAUAUACGUCACUUUUUUAUUUUUAUAUAGAUUUAGGAUUUAACAUUUUUUCAAUAUGAUUUAUAUGUACAUAUAUUUAUUUUUUUGUACUGAUCUGAACAAUGUAGUCCUGAGGACAUGUUUCUAAAACUACCUGAGGCACACAGAAUAUAAUGGGAAAGCAGUUUUCAAUUUUUUUUUUUUUUAAAACUAGGCUAGUACCUCAAUAUGAAAAAAAAAAAGAA